AUGGAACUCUCGGCAUUUAUGCGUGAAACCUUAAAGUGGCCAGCAACUGAUGUAACGCCUGACUCGUUUCUGACUGCGGCACAACAGCUUCCGGGUGGCCAUCCUUCGACUUUGUCUGUCUCUGGGUAUAUAAGCUGCCCUCAUAUCGAAAAUACAGAUUCAUGCUUAAUCAUUGCUGCACCUCUCUUGAAGGAUGCAACCGCUUCAGCGACAGCGGGUUUUGGGGGUUAUAGAUGUGUCAAAAAAGGUAGAGACAUCCCCAAGGCAAUCUUUUUUCAGCCGCUCAAGAUUACUUCCUUCGCUCCCCUUGGGUUUCACGGGGUCUGGUUUAUGAACCGUGUCGACGUAGUGGGAAGAGGUCCGGUCUUCUUUUCGCAUUGUCUUUUUGGGACUUCUGCAUGUUCCAGUGGUGUGGUAGAGGCGUCAGUACCGUCAGCGUUUGCAUGUGUUCAUCUUGCACUGAACGGGGCUUGCACUUUUUCAGGGUGUUCUUUUGAGUAUCGUUGCGGAGUCGGGAGAGUUGUGGGUGAUCAUGAGGUGCCUGCCAUGAAAGCAUCGGGUCACACACGUGUGCAUAUUUCAAAAAGUAGUUUUACUGGCCUGGGUGCGGAGUCGACUGCACUGGCAUUGUCUGGUAGUGCCACACUGGAGGCGGAUUACAUGUCUGUUGCUCGCUGUGGCGGUCACGGUCUUAUUGUGGGGGGAAGUAGUCGCGCAAGCGUCUUCCGUUGUGUUUUUAAGCAUAACGGCGCUGGUUUGUGGGUCAAAGAAAAGGGAACUCUCGAGAUCCGUGAUUCCUCUCUUAAACUGGUGCAUAAUGGACGGAGCAUCCUCUUCCUCUCACAGUAUGGAUGCUGCUUGGCUCACGGGUGCCUUUUCUUGUCCAGGGCUCCUGCGAGUUCAGAGUCAACUGGUAGGUGUACUGUGGUGGCACGCGAUAAGUCCUACAUCUCGUUGAACCUAUGUGAGCUGUUUUGGAGCAACGCUGAAAACCCAUUGGAGCGAAAGGAGUCAACUGACGCCCCCAACUUUCCCCUUUCUUUCAACGCCCGUGAGACUAUGAAAAAAAGUGGACUUUGCCACGUGUUGCUGAGAGAGCAAAGUGCAGCGACAAUGUCUCGCUGUAUCAUAGGUUUGCCAAUUGCGGUGAAGCCUACCAAUAGGACCCGUGCUGUUGGCGUCAUGCUGCGGAAUACACCAAGACAAGAUUCCAUUACUUUGUAUGCGGUGGAAAAUACGGUUGUUUAUGGGUGGUGCAUGGAAAGCGAUGGGGUGCCACGUUCUACAGUGCCGGCGGGAUUCAACGCUGCACCCGCUUGGGGACUUGUUUUGCCAGCCUUCUCUGGCCCGAACGGGAAUGCGGAGCGGCGGCAGCUGAAGAGGAUGUGGGCGUCCAAUAAUAGGUUUAUGGAGAGCAGUGAAAUGCCGCUGAGAGACGUGUCUCGUGUCUGCACCUCGUAUGACACCUACUGCAGCGUUUCGGGGAUGCCAUUGCUUACCCCCGACGUCGAAGAUGAUUUGAGCGCUGAAGGUUCUAAGUCGUUUUCGUCACUGGUUUCUUCGACCAUGACCCACUGUUUUGGGGAUUUUCUUUUCGAGGAGGGGGUUACAACCGGUCCUUCCCCUAUGCAACGGACGCAAAGCACAGUGAGGACGUUUUUGAACAGAGGGAACGGGAUUCUGACGCCGAAUUCGCUAUUCGAGUCUACAUGUCCAAAACGUACUCUACCAAAAAUAGGUUUGAAGACGCUUGAGGAGGGGAAGAGUGAUUUUACAAGUCUUACUUCCUACAGCGAGGGCGAAACGGAGAACGCCGAUUUCGUUGUGGAAAAUAAGACUCCAAUGAGACUGAGCAAAAUCAUUGAAUCAACUGAUGAAUGCACACAAAAAGGUGAGGAGUGUUUUGGUUUGACGGGUGAACGGUCUCAUUUAAGUGAGGAGGUACUUCAUAAGGGGAUGAGUAGCAGCGACAUUUCAAAAUGGAUAGUCAACAAACACUGUUCCUGCUUUAAGACAAUCCGCCCCUUUGUUUUCUCCAAAGAGGAUGCAACUCCCAUACCUUUGGUGUUGUUGCCAAAGUGUGGAAAUGCUCCAGUAAGUAAGACAGAUCCAAAAAAGUCGUGGCACCGCUCUUGCACAUUAACCAGGAAUUGGCACCAUGAUGGUGGGAAGCACCAACUUCAAAGGUCUUCAAAUUGCCUGGAGCAUGUGGCACGCCGUAGGCGGCGUAGUUCACACGCUUCCCUACGUUACCCUAGCAUCGCACCAACGCAGAGGGAUCAUGCACAACGCUCGACAAGCACCAGUGUCAAAGCCUACGAGGAAUUAUUGGCGUAUCGAUCACUGAUGGGGACUUCUCCAGUGCUCUUGGACUCUAGACAAGGUUUGUCAGGUGCACGGGAUUGCAAAAAACGUAAGAGUGCGUUGACGAAGGAGCGGCUCAGGCAGGGUCCAAGAGUACAACAGAUGCUGCCGACUGGGAAGCUGGGACUGUGUCCUGGCGUCGCGGCCCAGAAACGGGCAUUUUGUAACCAUGGAACGGACGAAGAACGGGAAAUAGAAAAUGAUAUGGUGGGGCAAAAGAGAGUGAAAAAUGUUUUGGACAACGCGGUGGGAGUGAGAUCUUCAAAGGGUGACACCACUGGGAAGGCAACGCAGGUACGCCUUCCCUCAUCUCAUCCCGGUCCUGACCAUUCUUCUUGUGCCUCUCAUAUCACACAGAGAGGAGUUCGAAAAGGUUUUCUGCGAGUAGAUGACGACGUUUGGAGCAAGUUGUCCAAGUCGCGUCUCUCACUUGGACUCGUAGACAGGCUAAGGCCAGACCAACGUGAGAGUAAGCAACUAUCACACGAUGAAGAUAAUAAUCAGGCCCAACUCCCGGAGAGCCCAGUGACAAAGGCCCGAAAUGGGGUCUCCGGGGCGCGCGUGGCGGGUCCGGCCCAUAAUUAUGCAACUCAGCAGGGGCAUGGUGCUCGCUCCCGUACGAGCAGGCCAACAAGGACGGAGCUGGAGGCAUCGUGUGUAGCCUCGUUAAUUCCUCGAACGCCUCCGCGAUUCCGACGAUGCAGACCAGCAAGAACCUGA